AUGCCGCCCACACAAGCUGGCUACUUACAAAGCUUGCCUCAAGGGGUUAAGCGGAGGGUCAAUGCUCUCAGAAAUCUUCAGGCAGAAUAUGCCCAAAUAGAAGCCGAAUUCUACAAAGGCAUUUACCAUCUUGAGCUAAAGUAUGCUGCCUUCUCCCAACCUCUGUUUGACAAGAGGUCUGAUAUCAUCAAUGCAGUGUAUGAGCCCACAGAAGAUGAGUGUCAGUGGGCAGUAGGUGUUCAGGAAGGAGUGUGUGAAGCAAUGGAAAGAGAGCCUGAAGGAAAACCGCACAUUAAUGGCAUACCUCAUUUUUGGUUGACAGCUUUCAAGAAUAUAAAGGUUCUUUGUAAAUUGAUCCGAGAAAAUGAUGAACUGGUACUGGAGCACUUGAAAGAUGUAAACAUUAAAUUUUCAGGGGUUGAGGAACCAAUGAGCUUCACCGUAGAACUUGUCUUUAAGUCAAAUGAAUAUUUUUUCAUCGAAGUUCUGACAAAAACAUACCUCAUGCCAUCACACCCAGAUGAUUCUGAUCCCUUCUCCUCCCGAGUGCCAGAAAUAAUCGGCAGCACAGGUUGUGCCAUUGACUGGAAAGAG